AGCUGGUUGAGAAAAUCACUAAUGGCUUCGAAGCUUGUAGUCAUUAUUGUGUUCAUACUCGAUCUCAUCGCCGUUGGCUUAGCCAUUGCCGCCGAGCAGAGAAGAAGUGUCGGCAAGGCUAUAACGGACAAGGAGAAGACAUAUGAGUACUGUGUGUACGGCACAGACAUUGCUACGAGCUAUGGAGCUGGUGCAUUCGUUCUCCUCUUCAUAAGCCAAGUUCUUAUUAUGGUGGCUAGCCGUUGCUUCUGCUGUGGAAAGUCCCUAAACCCGGGCGGUUCAAGAGCUUGUGCCAUUCUUCUCUUCUUCAUUUGCUGGGCAUUCUUUCUGAUCGCUGAAAUAUGUUUGCUCGCGGCAUCGAUCAGAAACGCUUACCACACAAAAUACAGAAAGAUGUGGAACAUUGAGAAACCUCCGAGCUGUGAGGUUAUAAGGAAAGGAGUGUUUGCAGCUGGUGCUGCAUUCACUCUCUUCACCGCUAUUGUCUCACAGUUCUACUACGUUUGCUACUCUCGUGCUCGUGUUGCUCACCAGAAUCCUUCCUACUAA